CAGGAGUAUUACGUCCAGGAGGUUCAAAAGAGGAUAUUAAACGAAUUCUGAUUGAUGCAAACCAAGCACUUGAUCUGAUUAUAAUCGACGAAGACAAUCGAAACAUCGAUGAAACUUUUGAAAAGAAAAGUAUGGAACCCUUUGAUUUGAAAUCCAGAGGACCUGUUCGUUUCAUAUACCACACAAAUGGUUCAUCUAUGCGAAUCGGCAUUAUAUGCAAUCACAUAGCAUUUGACAUACUAGCGCUGAGCAUGUUAUUGGAGGAAUUCAUAACCUGCUUGAAAAGUUUCUACAAGUACCAAGGCCUUGGACAGGUUACAAUACCAGCACCUCUAAAUCAUAUAUCGGCAGCGAAUAUAAUGGAUAGGAGAUUAAAAUCUUCACUUAGUGCGAUGAAGAGUUUUUGGAAAAGAGAGUUAUCCAAGGGCGUCCCGUUGAUUGGUAUCGAUUCUACCAAACCAUGUCAAUUACACGGCCUUUGCGUUACAGCCCAUAGACAAAUGUCUACAGAGCUACACAAUGAACUCAGUAAACUAAGCAAGACACUGCGAACAACAACAUCUAAGAUAAUGAUGUCUACGUAUCAGCUGUUUUUGAGUCUUCGAUCUGGAAAUCGUAGAGUUUUUAUUACUCUACCUAAAGACCUUCGGUCGUCAUUGCCAGAAACUAAAAAUGUUAUGGAAUGCUUAAUAAACCACAUUCCAGUUUUUGCAGAUAUAGAACACUCUAUGUCUAUUAAAGAUUUUCUUGUUACUAACUCCAAACACAUCAAUGACAUUCUUGACAACAGCCUGUUUCCCUAUGAUGAAAUAGAAAAACUUAUACCCGAGGAUGCUAACAAAGACUUGUACCGCCAUAUUUUGAUUUUUAACGAUUACACAUUUGUUGACCAACUUACAGCAAUGAAAGAGGGUGCUGCAUUGCAACUAAAUGAAACCGAUAAUAAACAUAUUUUGGGCGAAUCCUUUUUAUUCGUUGUCACUGAUCAUAAUGCCCAAACAACGUCACUAAAGCUGCAGUUGUGUGCAGAGAUGUACAGUCAGUCUGAUGUUGAAGUUUAUAUUGACCAAAUUAUUGAACUUUUACAAGAAACGCUUCUUCAACCCGAAGUUAAAAUCGGACAGCUAAAAAUGGUAGCACCGAAAAAAACAUUAGAGGGGAAAUUUAGAAGAGAAACAUCUACCGGAGGCUUAAAAGACCUGCAUGUAAAGUUUCUUAAACCCGACAAUAAUGGUGUAAUGUUAAUACUGGACAAAAAGAAAAUAAUGAGAAAUGACGUCAUUCAAUUUAAUUUUGAAGAAAGGAAUAAGAGUGGUGUCCAAAUACUUAAACUAGAAACAAAGAAAAAGAUUUACAAAUUACAGUUUUCAGACGGCAACGCUGACAGUUGGAAACAAAAUUUAUUUGAUCUGUACAGAAAAUAGAUAAUUUGAAGCAUAACUUUUAUUCCCGAAAACUUUAGAUAAUUUGAAACGCACAAUACUCUUAUAUAAUUUAAUUCAUUAUAAUUAUCUGUUAGAGCGAGGUUUCCCCCCUCCCCCUUUCAAAAUCUGAGAUUUUAUAUAGUCAUAUUUUAGGGGUAUUUGGGGAAGGAUUAGUUGGUAACAAAAAUUCUUGUAUAUGUCCUCAUUUUUAUGUGGAUGUUCUCUGUCGUCUAUAAAUAUGCUCUUUUCGAUAUUGGAUCAGACCGAAACGUCCUGGAUUAUGGCCCCUGACUUGCACGACAAAUCACGUUUUUAGCUUGUCCACCCUCUAAGAGUUCAAAUAUAUCACUGUUAUACCAAAUAGUGUAAAAGUAUGUAAUACUAUGGUUGUGGAUCCUCUAGAGGUCACAAUUUUAUCCGAUUUUGAUGAAACUCAAAGUCUAUCUUUAAAUCGCAAAAAUCCCGGUUUCUUUCAAUAUUGGCACAUGUCGGACCGCAAUUUCCUGGAUUUUUGGUCCCUCGUAUUUUUAGCUUGUGGAACCUCUAGAGGUCAUAAUUUUUAUUUGAUUUUAAGAUCUGUUCAUAUUUAUGGUUGAGUUCGAAUUUCGUGAAAGUCUGACUGAAAUUUCCCGUCAAAAUGGCCGCUCCCCAUCAGUCAAAUAGUGUAAAAGCAUGUAAUACCAAGGUUGUCGUCCCUCGUGAGGUCACAAUUUUUAUCCGAUUUUGAGGAAAAAAUUAAAAAUAUGUUUAUAUCACAAAGAUCUUAGUUCCUUCAAUAUUGGCGCAUAACCUCCUGGAUUAUGACCCCUGAUUGUACGAACAAUCUUGUUUAUACGCCCACAUUUUCAUGUGGAAGUUUAUUAUCGUCGCCCAUGUCCGCCCGCUAGUUCACAUUUUGUUUAUGGACACUCUACAGGUCACAAAUUUUUCCGAUUUUGACGAAACUUAACAUGUAGGUUUAUAUUCCAAAGAUCUGGGUUCCUUUCGGUACUUAUGUGUAUAGUACCGUAACUUCAUGGAUUAUGGCUCCUGAUUGUACGCAAAAUCAAGUUAUUGGCUUGUGGUCAAUCUAGAGAUCACAAUUUUUAUUCAAUAAUUGUUUAUAUUAUUGCACAGAUAUAUUGGACUUUAACUUAUAUAUAUAUAUAUAUAUAUAGAUUUCAGGGUUUCUUGAGGUGUUUUAUUUCUUCUAAGGUUAUGCAUCAUUAACUUCUAAGAAAGAUAUAAGAAGCCCUGGGUUUGACAUCUGAAGUUAUUGAGACUCCAGCCUUUUUUAAGGAUUUGUCGAUCUGUUAUUUUAAGUUUGUCAUCAGUUUAUCAGCAUGUUUAAAUAUAAAUUAGUUCUAGUUUUACUUUUACUGAUUAUAAAGGAUUGUGUUCACAGUGACGACAUCAAUAAACGUUCUCAUGGCUUUAAUGAAAUGAAAUGGGGUUUAACGUCCUACUGUUCUGCUCCUAACCUGGGCUAAUGAAGACGGCUCAUGGCUUUAAGCAUUCGGUGUAUUUUUACCCUGUUAAAUUAUUUACUUAUUAUUUACUUAUACUGAUAUGAUUCUCAAACUGCGUUGUUGAAGGAAAGGCAACGAUAUCAAUCGAUAUCCAUUGUUACAACUAGCUUAUCUAGAGCUGUCUUAUUACACACUAAAAUAUAUUUUCAUGAAACAUAUUGCAAACCCCCUCUCCGGUUCUAACUUGAGGGUAAAGCCAGAUUCACACCCCCUUUAUCUAAUUUUUAUAGCUUAAAUGAAAACAAAGUCUGGUUAUAAAAUAUUUCAGUAUUUAUUAAAUUAGUUUGCAGUAUAACCUGUCUCAUUCAAUAAAUUAACUGUGUGUGUGAUCUACUAACUCUUCUUAAAUGAUUGUUACUCUGAUUCAGAAUAUGAAAAUGAGAAUGACUUUAGUAUUGUAAUCUAUAAUAUGCUUGUAUCUAUGUAUCCGGCUAUGAUAUAUAAAAUGUAAAAACGAA